GCAGUGGAUCACGACAUAGAAAUCUUCGGUAACCAUCAUGCACGUGUCUAACUGCCAGCAGAUUUGUGUCAUUUGAAAAGACGUGAGGAAGAAAAAGAGACUCGGAGGAAUACAGUAACUCGGUCAGCAGACAGAAACGACGUAAUCCAGUGUUUAAAAAUGGCCAGCACCCAGACCAGUUUGAAAACCGCUUUCAAGGACUUGAACUCAUUCAAGGGCAACAUGAAGCGGCUUUAUAGGGAGAGACUCGAAGACGCGCCGAUUAAGAAACGGGUGAUGGCAGAGAUCCACCUGAAGCGGCGCAGCCUGGAUUCCUUCCCCAAAACUCCCAAGGUGAAGAGGGAGCACAUCGAGGAUCUGUGCCACGACUCUGACAUGGAUGUGGAGGGCCGAGCGGAGCUGCACGUGGUGGGCUCUGCUAAGGCCCUGGACCUGAGCCCCGGGCUUAAACACACACUGGCCCAGUUCACCCUCAGCAGCCAGAGCUCCCUCGGGGGCCCAGCUGCCUUCUCGGCCCGCACAGGCCUCGAGCCUUCCCCCGCUGGCAUGCCCCCCCUGCCCUCCCCUCCCGUUUUGGGAGGGGGCCCUCUGCUGGUGCCCUGCGACAGCUCCACUGAACUCACCCACUCGCUGCUGGAAGGGGAGUCCAUCUCCUGCUUCGUCGUUGGGGGUGAGAAGCGACUCUGCCUCCCCCAGGUGCUCAACUCCGUGCUCCGUGACUUCUCUCUGCAGCAGAUCAACACCGUGUGCGACGAGCUCUACGUCUACUGCUCGCGCUGCGACGCCGAGCAGCUGCACAUCCUCAAGGUCCUGGGCAUUCUGCCGUUCAACGCACCUUCCUGUGGCCUCAUUACACUGACGGAUGCGCAGCGGCUGUGCAAUGCUCUGCUGCGUCCCGGGGCGGCCUUGCCUGCCGACCCCAGCGGUAAGCUGUCGGCCCACGGCCUGCUCAAGGAGAGCGAAGCCAGCUUCCAGGUGGAGCACCAGUGUUUGGGGAAAUGCCAGGGUCUCUUUGUGCCCCAAUUCUACACCCAACCCGAGGCGCCCUGCAUCCAGUGUGUCGAGUGCCAGUUGCUCUUUUCGCCACAGAAGUUCGUCAUGCAUUCGCACAAGUCGCCCGAUAAGAGAACCUGCCACUGGGGUUUUGACUCAGCCAAGUGGCCCUGCUACCUGCAGCUCGCCAGGAAGUAUCAGGGGACCCCCGAGGAGCCCAAGCUCAAGCAGAUGCUGGACGAGGUCAAAGAGAAGUUCCACUACCAGCUCAAGAGGUCGCUAGACAAAAAGGCCGUGGAGGAGGAGGAGAGCCAGGUGAGAAGAUCCUCGGUGGAUCUCUGCUCUGCUGGCGACAAGUUGGGUGAUGCCGACCCCGCGAAAAAGGGGAAAACAUCUCCACCUACUCUGAUGUUCAAUCGUCUUUUCUCGGACAUCAAGGAGGAGCCAGGACACCCCACCCUGGUCCAUCCCAGUUUCUACAUGUAUACAUACGAUAAGAUGGUGGCUCCCAACGUGUCGCUGCGGAGGGAGGCGGAGAUGAGCCCCGAGAUGUUCGGAGCGCUGCUCAAACACCACUACAGCCGCAGAGUGCUGGGCCACGACGAGCCACCUAUGGAUCUCCACGCGUCGCCUCCCGUCGCUGCUGGCGCCGAGGAGGCCAAAUCCCAGUGUGCCGCUGCUGCCGCCGCCGCCGCUGCUGCCGCCGCUGCCUCGGCCACCGAGCGGGAAUGCCAAACCCAGGCAGUUUCCAUGGAGACAAGCAGCCCGGUCUGCAAGAAAGCAGCCCACAUCCCGGCCCACUCCUCUCCUCCUCCUCCUCCUCCUCCUCCUCCUCCCGCCCCGUUGUUGUCAUCGGUAACGGAAGUAGCAGCUAAGGACAUGAGCUCCGCCGCGAGCAGCGCCGCUGCAGCGUUGGGGGGGCUGGAGGACGACAAGGACAGGAUUGUUGUGGAGAUCAUGCAGAUGUACGGCAGGCAGCAGGAGAAGCUCAACUCCACCCUCCACAAGCAGCUGCAGCUGGAAAUGGAGCUGGAGGCAUUGCGCGGGGGCGAAGUGGCGAGGCUACGGGAGCUGAGCGCCGAGCAGCGAGAGCUACGCUGCGAGCUGGAGGCGGUGCACAACGAGCAGGCGAGGCAGCUCAGCCAGGCCCGCCAGGAACAGCUGGAACUGGAGGCCCGUCUGGAGCAGCUCCGACAGCAGGCGUGCGCCUGUGAGCCAGGAGCACAGCGCAAGCAGGAGGCCCACUACGCUGCUCAGUUGUCGGAGCUUCGUCACCGGCUGGAGCGAGCGGAGAACGACCGGCAGGAGCUGCAGGAGGAGCUGCGCAGGGAGCGGGAGGCGCGAGAGAAGCUGGAGCGAACCAUCUCCCACCUCAAGCAGCAGAUGGCCCAGUCUGGCACGAUGGGAGGCAGCCCGUCUCCUCCUCUCACCCCUUCCACCGGACCCCCGAACGCCCUCUCCCCGCCCUCCAUCUCAGAGGCCCCGCUGGCCGGCCAAAAGUAACUGCCAUCCCUCCCGGGCCUCUUUCCCCCCCCCCCCCCUCCUCCCUCCCUCCCUCCCUCCCCCUCAUUCCUCUCCACAUCACCCGCCAACUCCACAGACACAAACAAAUCGGCCCUGAAACAGAAAAGGAGCUUCACGUCUCCUCGGGCUGUUUUUACGCCCCCCUCCCUCCCUCCUCCUCCCUCCUCUCCCCCCUUUUAUUUCCGUGUAGGACUGACUUUUGUUUUUUUUGUAAUUUAACAUCACUUAAAAGAAAAAAAAAGGUUUAUGUUAUGUUUUUACUAUUCAUUUUUUUUUAUUAUUAUUAUUUUUGCUUUCCUCUCCUCUUUAAACAGUAUUUAAUGAUUUUUGGGCAUGUAUGUUUGAUUUAAUUUAUAGUUUUUACUGAACAAACAGCUGCUUCACAGACAGGAGAUUGGUCAAAUAAAGACCAGCUCAACCAAUCACUAUUUCCCCCCCUUUUAUGGUCUUCUCCCAUCCCUCCUUCUUCUCACUCUCUCGGCUUCUGGAGCUAAAUCUCUCGGACAUUUUUUUGGACACGCGACGUCUCUUCACGCUACUACUACUACCUGACGCAGCAGCCGGUGCCCCCCCACCCACAAACGUUCACUCCUGUCUUUCUGUACGCGAAGCCCUAAUGAGAACCAGCGACUGCAGGAAACUGCACGGACACUUAAACCCAGUUUUUGUUUGCUCCUUAUGGGAAAAAAAAAAAAAAAAAAAAAAACACACACACACACAAAAAGAAAAGUGUAACAUGUUAAAACAUCGAGUCUUUACGAAGGAGAAGACCUUCACUGUACAAAGAUGUAAAACCUCAUGAAAAUAACGCCGGACUUGAACGUGAGUGUUUUUCGAGUGUGACCCUGGAGCCUAACACAGACUGGUUUCCCCUCUUCGCUCUGCUGGGCAGCACCUGGACUCUCCUGUCGUAGACCAAACAGUCUGUUGGUUGAUCCACCAGCUGCCCGACGUCUCCCCCCCGUCCCUCCCUCCCCCGUCCCCCUCGCUGGAGACCCCACACCUUCCAUCGCUCCACUCUGGCGCCACUACCCUCUGCUGGGAGACUCCUUAACACUGUGGCUUUCACCCACUUUGGGCCAGACAGGAAACACUGUGCUCGAUUCAGACUCGGCUCGAAGAAGCUCUCAUGCAGUGUUAUGCACUUAACACACUCUCCUCCUCCUCCUCCUCAUCCUCCUCCUCCUCCUCCUCGUCCUGAAUCCCCUGGGAAAGGAAUGUGUCUGGACACGGGGGCCGGUUGAGCCGCUGUAGCUGUUCUGAGAAAGAAGAAAGGCUCACGUGUGCGGUAGCUGCACCGUGUCGUCCCGUAACGCAUACGACGUCCUUACAUGUGCGAGCGCAGUGCGGUGCAGUGGAGGCAUUCAGGCAGAACAAUGGCCCCGGCGUUCCCAGCAGACGAUCAAAGCUGCAGUCUGUCCCUGUUUUUCGGGCUUUUUUUUUUUUUACCUUCUUUGUAUCAUUUGACUUCAUUGUGAGCAGACGGUUUUUAUGCCCACCCUGUUUCGUCAGAGCUUUUUAUCGAAAGUAUGUGGGUCGCAGGUGAAAGCGGUUAGUCCGGGUUGGUUUGGGUCCCUGCUUCACUUUAUUCUGCCUGGCUGAACAAACAGCACCGGGCACGUCUGCACACUCUCUCCCCCUCGGCAGGCUGGGUGGCCCGGACGCCAGGGGUACCGAGAGAGCCCUCUCUUUUUUUUUUUCUUUUUUGUUUUGUUUUGUGCCGUCAGAAUGGGGGCAGCUGUUGUUGUCUGGGGCCCUCUGCCUACCCUCGGGUGAGACUGUACAGGAUCUCCCGGCUCCCGACAACCUCCCUCCCUUCCCUCCCUCCAUCCCUCCCUCCUCUCACCCACACAUGCUCAUCCAUCCAUCCCCGGCACCAGAUCAGCUGAGGAGGGGCGUGCACAGUUUUGUAGAUGCCCAGGAGAGCGAGCAGUCGUCCAGCCAGAGGAAGAGAGAGGACUUUUCAUUGUGUCAGUUGCCAGGCAAAAAGCGCUUUUUAUCGCCACUACGAAGAUCCCUGCAAGCGAGUGUGUGCGUGUGUGUAAAUAAUUGUGUUAUUAUUGGGAUCGGCCUCGGCUAAACUCUGAGCUGUUUCUUUUUUCUUUUUUCUUUCUUUCUUUUUCUUUUUUUUUUUUUUAAUGCAUCUGCUAUAAAUGCAAAUUGAUAGACAUUCCACUGUGCUCCAUCCUGUUCGAUGCAGAUUUUCUUACACAGCUUCCCUUUACAAUAACAGACCUUAAAGACAAGGCAGAGUACAGUUGUGGUUUGUUGAUCGACACAGGUGCAGGUGCAGGUGCAGGUGCAAGCCAGAAAAAUCGAACCCAUGCCGCAAAUGUAAACUCUACUGUUGUUCCAUUUAAACCUUUAUUGAAAUUAUAAAAAAGAAAAAUAUUUAACGUAUUAACUAAAGAUUUAUAUUCACUUUGUAAAUACAGUAGUCAUUAAUAUAUUAACUGUUCUUAUAUAAAUAAUCUUAAAAAGGUUAUAUCAUUUGGACCAGAACUAAGGCUUCAGACGGCCUAAAUGCUUUUGCUUUCUUUUCUACACACACACACACACACAUAUAUAUAUUGAUAUAUAUAUAUAUACAUAUAUAUAUACACACACAUAUAUAUGAGUGUGUAUGAUCUUUGCAGAUAUCAGAACUUGACUUUAGUUGGGUGGAUGUGGGGGAGUGAGACGCACGUUUUACCGAGACACGAUGCAAGACAGCGACAAAAUUGGAAAAUAAUACUUUGUUACACACUCCCCCCCUUUUUCUGAACUGAUGCAAUCGUUUUUUGUGGAUUUUGGACUGUUUAACGUGUAAUGUAAGCUUUUUUCCUCUUUGUCAACCCAACCUGGGCUAAAAAAAAAAAAAUUUGUUUAACAAAAUGCAUUUUGGAAAAAAAACAGACAAAAAAAAAAACUAAGAAAAAAGUUUAUUUUUUCCUUUUCUUUUUGUGCAUGUUUUGCUGCCCCCUUUACAUUUUGUGUCACCGGGCCACUUUAUCAAUCUGUUUAUUGUUAUAUAUACAUAAAAAAAAAAGAAAAGAAAGAAAAGUUUCCCUCCACCUAAUGCACAGACUAUUGAGAUGGCUCAUCUGCAUGAAUAUUGAAAUAUUGAACAUGUGCAAGUUUUAUAUGAGUAAUGGUUCAGAGAUUGGCCUCGAUAUAAAGUCAGAUUAUGAAGAAUAUAAACAGUAGCCUGAUUUGAUUUGGAAAGUGUGUGUGUGUGUGUGUGUGUGUGUGUGUGUGUGUGUGUGUGUGUGUGUGUGUGUGUGUGUGUUUGCCUCCCACGUCUGAUUGAAAAGGGAAAGACUCACUCAUGUAGCUCUGGAUUAGUUUUUCUGAUUUAAGAUAUCAUAUAUUAUCCUCGCUGGUGGAAGAUAAUCAGUAUUAGUUUAUAUUCACUUAAUUACCUCUUCAGCAGAACAAAAAACAAAAAAAAAAAACACAACUAAAAUCCGCUUUUAAUCCAACACAUGAGCAGAUGUCUAAUGGAAAGUCUGUCCUUUUUACUUUCUGAGUAGUUUGCAUUUUAUACGCAAGGGGGCGCUGUUUAGCUUCUUUACUUGUACACAACUAUUAAAAAGAAAAAGUACUAAAUAAAUAAUAAUAGGAGAGAACGAUCCCCUUUGUGACACGGCGUGCUGGGCCUUUUUUGCAUUUUGCAGUGUUAUGAGAACUUGAUUUGUACAGAAUUUUUACAGGUGUGAAUUUUGCCCAACCCACUAAAACGAAGGGUACAAGGAGCCGUGUUGUUGUUGUUGUUGUUGUUGUUGUUUUUGUUUCGUUUUUGUUUUGUUUUUUUCUUUUUUCACCACAUGAAACACAUUUGAAUGCGAGGAUUUAUUUACAUAAACAUUUGCCUCCUUGUUUACCUUAUAACUCAAAAGUCCGAGGGGACCUUUGAGGUGUCGCAGGUGACUUGCUUUGUGGUUUUGGGUGUGUAAUUUUCAGCCGGUAAUUAUUCUCGGGAAAGUAGAGCUGCAGCGGUGACGGAUCUCACUGAAUACGUAUGAUUUUAAUUUACACACAUCCUGUUAUAGAUGGGAAAAAAAAUAAAAAAAAUAAUAAUAAUAAUAAUAAAUCUAUGGCUUUUGCUGGAAAAAGAACCUUUUUUCUCUCUCCUCUCGAUGCUGAAACAUGAAACGCAGUGUCCGUGUAUGACCAUUGCAUACUACGUUGCCAAUACUACAGUGUGAUGAGACUUUUGUUCUUGCAUGAAUCGAGACACUGUUCUCCUACCUCAUGUUGUGAUAUAAAAAGAUGUUUUUUAAGCAGAAAGACACUGCAUCUCUAACUGUUUAUCAUCAUUGAUAUUUACUAGUAAAUUACAUACCUGUAAAUGCUUUUAGCUAAUACCUCAGUUGUAUCUAGUGUUUGUUUCUUUCUGUUUUUGCCCCCUGAUUUCAGAUCUUGUAAAUAAUACCCUGUAUAGACAAUGAACUUGGAUCAAAUUCAAGUAAAGUUCUGUAGUGUCAAAAAAAA